GACCGCGACUUAGCGACAGCGUCAGUGUAUGCAGCUUCUACGGUUUCGGAGUCCCAGAGUAGCGAGCGUCACGCUCGGCCAGAGCAGCAAAUACUCCCCCGAAAGAAACAGCCCCACCGCCUUCAAGUGGGAGAGAAGCCAAAUGGAUUAGGGUUUUACAGACGUCAAAAACCCUACUCUCUCUCUCUCUCUCUCUCUCUCUCUCUCUCUCCGAUUCCCAAACGAAUCUGAAAGAGACGCGAUCUUCCGAUACAGAACCGCCGAUCUGAAGUCCUCUGCAACUUCUCUACGAACAAUACUCCAAUCCAUCAUCUCCUCCUCUUAUUCUAAAGAGAGAAGCCUCCGUUUCUUCGGGAAUUUUUGAUGCAGGUGAAAUGAAGGUUAAGGUGAUUUCUCGGUCUACCGACGAAUUCACCCGAGAACGUAGCCAAGAUCUCCAGAGGGUUUUCCGAAACUAUGAUCCAAACUUACGUCCCCAAGAAAAGGCCACUGAAUAUGUUCGUGCCCUUAAUGCUGCAAAGUUGGAUAAGAUAUUUGCAAAACCUUUCAUUGGAGCAAUGGAUGGGCACAUUGAUGCUGUCUCUUGUAUGGCAAAGAACCCAAAUCACUUGAAAGGAAUAUUCUCGGGUUCAAUGGAUGGAGAUAUUCGUCUCUGGGAUAUAGCAUCGAGGCGGACAGUUUGCCAGUUCCCAGGCCACCAAGGUGCUGUUCGAGGUUUGGCAGCAUCUACAGAUGGACGGGUUCUCAUAUCCUGUGGAAGUGAUUGCACUGUCAGGCUUUGGAAUGUUCCUGUUGCGAAUACUCUAGGGUCAGAUGAUUCAUCUGAUAAUUCAUCAGAGCCACUGGCAGUUUAUGUUUGGAAGAAUGCUUUCUGGGCUGUAGAUCACCAGUGGGAUGGUGAUCUCUUUGCGACAGCUGGUGCUCAGGUUGAUAUAUGGGACCACAACAGGUCACAGCCAGUGAACAGUUUUGAAUGGGGGAAGGACACUGUUAUUUCUGUUCGAUUUAAUCCAGCAGAACCAGACGUCUUAGCAACAUCAGCUAGUGACCGCAGCAUAACACUAUAUGAUCUGCGUAUGUCAUCACCGGCAAGGAAGCUUAUCAUGAAGACAAAAACUAAUGCUAUUUCUUGGAACCCAAGGGAGCCGAUGAAUUUUACAGCGGCAAAUGAAGAUUGCAACUGCUAUAGCUACGACUCGAGAAAACUAAACGAAGCCAAGUGUGUGCACCAAGAUCAUGUUUCUGCAGUGUUGGAUAUUGAUUACUCUCCAACUGGCCAGGAAUUUGUAACUGGCUCUUAUGAUAGGACAGUGAGAAUCUUCAAGUACAAUGGUGGCCAUAGCAGGGAAAUUUACCACACCAAGAGGAUGCAAAGGGUAUUUUGUGCAAAGUUUAGCUGUGAUGCCUCUUAUGUUAUUUCUGGGAGUGAUGACACCAACCUGCGGCUAUGGAAAGCCAAGGCAUCAGAACAAUUGGGGGUUCUUCUUCCUAGGGAGCGGAAAAAACAAGAUUAUCUUGAGGCCGUCAAGGAGCGUUACAAGCACCUUCCUGAGGUCAAGCGCAUUGUUAGGCAUAGACACUUACCUAAGCCAAUAUACAAGGCAGCCUCCCUCAGGCGUACCAUGGUUGAAGCAGAAAGGAGGAAAGAGGAGAGGAGGAGAGCUCACAGCGCUCCAGGCAGCAUGCCCCGGGAACCAUUCCGGAAGAAAAGAAUCCUUACAGAGGUUGAGUGAUGGUUAUGCCCGAGUGGAAAUGCAUGGGUUGUGCAUGCAUGCAUUCCAAAAGAAGUUUUGGAAGCAGUGGCAUCAAAUGAAUAUUAUGCAUGCUUUCUUAGCUCAAGAUUUUGAAGCCUUGGGUCUGCGGUUUCUUACUUUCUAAGUUUUGAUCGCUCUCCUGUGCUCUGCCAGGAUUUGGACUGAAAAGGUGGUGAUUGGCUCAAGAUGCUCUCUGUAUGUAACACAGAUUUGGUAGGUUUUAUCUAAGAUACAAACUGCAUGCUAUGAAGUUGAAUAAAGAUUUCUUUUUGAAAGGCAGUUAUUUUAUUGA